ACGUGGUAAACGUAUUAUGCAACUGAUAACAUCUUAUCAAUCGAUUUAUAAAUAAACACCUACAAUUAACAAGCAAGUAGUUGUCUAAAGUGCCUCAUCAUGAACAAAUCAAUCAUUUUAUUUGCUCUGUGCCUCGCUGUAUCGUCAGCUCAAUCAAUUGACAAGCAAUUCAUCAAUCAAAAGAUUCAUGAUUCUUUAUCUCCCAUCUCACGCCUAACCUCAAAAUCUUCAAGUUUAAAAGAACUCGACCCGCAUGUAGUUGAAUGCCUUGAAGGAUUCUUAUCAAACGCUAUUGAAUACCUCGCUGAGGAUAUAUUUGAAGGCUUGGCUUGUAUUGAACACCGUAUUGAUGAUAUCCACGAACAUCUCGCUGAUUUAGGCGAAGCAGUAAACAAAACCUUAGAAAACGCAGUGCCUGAACUAGAAGAUCAUAUAAAUUCGAUUGUGGAGUUUAUUUUGACUGAAGAUAUACCCGGAGCUGUGGGUGCAGUGCGCAAGUUGCUGGGUUUUGUGAUUAUCACAGCUGGUGAUGUAAUUUCUGAUGUAAACACGUUUGUUAACGAGGUUAUUGAGAUAAUCAAAGAAGAAGAAGCUGAAACAUGUUUGUUAGAGGCUUUUGUUGCUGGUGUAACACAUCUUAACGAAGCAAUUGAAAAUUUAGAUACUUGUAUUAACACAGAAUAAAUAAAAGUAAAGUUUUUGAUCUGUGUA